CCGCUAAAACGACCAGAGAGGCGGAGAAAGGAGCGGGGUUAGUGGACAGCAUGAAGGGACCCGCCGAGAGCCGCUAGCAGCGGACCGGGGACACCGUGUUAGAAACCCAGCUGAAGAUCCUCGGGAUGAGCGCGAAGGUUCUGCUGGAGGGAGUUUCUGCGUCUCUGAGCGGCGUGGUGGACACGGCGGAGGGGGGGCUGACUGUUUUUAAGGAAGAGCCGGUGGGAGAGGAGGAUGGAGGCGGUGAACUGCUGUUCGAGGGGAGGAGCACACCUGAGCUGCAGAUCCACGGAGAUCUGGCGCAGUACGCGGCCACUUUACGCACGUUCAGCGGGCGGUUCUCCGUGGACUCCAGGGGGGCAGGAGCGCCGUGGGCACCCGGAGACCCCAUCGACGUGGUCAGCGCUGACAUCAUCGCAGCCGCCCCGGAGUCCGGGUCCGCGCCGGAUAUUUACGCACCUGGAGGAGGAGGCGGCAUGGCGCACGGCCCGCCGGACAUCAGCCACAUGUACGCGCACCCCCACCCCGCCCCGUCCUACUCCUGCAGCGGGGAGAUGUACCAGGACCAGUCCGCCGCGGGCUACCUGGCGCCGCCCACCUGCUCCGGGUCCUACCACCCCCCGCAGCCCUACAGCUCCGCGCCCAAACCCGGCGUGGACGGCCCCGCGCUGCUCUCCAUCAUGCCCGAGUACGGCGGCUUCUACCAGCAGAGCUGCCAGCGGGACCUCCAGUCGGCCUUCCCGGACCGGAAGUCCCUGCCGUACCCGCUGGACCCGCUCAGGGUGCCGCCGCCGCUCACGCCGCUCAACACCAUCAGGAACUUUACGCUGGCCGCUCCACCCGCGGCCGUGGAGGGCCCGAUGUCCGCGGCGUUCCCCACCCACCAGAACCUCCCUCUCAGGCCCAUCCUCAGACCCCGGAAGUACCCGAACCGGCCGAGCAAGACGCCGGUCCACCAGCGGCCGUACCCGUGCCCCGCGGAGAGCUGCGACCGGCGCUUCUCCCGGUCCGACGAGCUGAGCCGACACCUGCGCAUCCACACCGGCCACAAGCCCUUCCAGUGCCGCAUCUGCAUGCGCAACUUCAGCCGCAGCGACCACCUCACCACGCACAUCCGCACGCACACCGGGGAGAAACCGUUCUCCUGUGAGCAGUGCGGGAGGAAGUUUGCGCGCAGCGAUGAGCGGAGGCGACACAUGAAGAUCCACCUGCGGCAGAAGGAGAAAAGGUCCUCCGCCUCCUAAAAUCUACGAUAAUUUAAAAGAAAUCGUUGUUUUUCUGCAAAAACCAGAUUUUCGUUAUUUAUGAACUUAAUCUGCAAAAAUGAGCAGAAACUUCCACCAAGUUUAGUUUAGAUGACAGAGAAUAGAUUGAGCAGCUAGAAGAGUCUCACGUUCUGGUGCAGGACCUUCCUGUCUGUGUUCUGAUGCUCUCAGGGAUCCAAACAGCCCAGAUUAGACAUGAACUCAGCAACAUGUGGCUCCAUCAUCUCAAAGGCUCAAAUCCCAACUUCUUCAUGCAGUAAAACGGUAGAAUCACUUCCUCCACGUAGCUCAGGUGGUCCAGUCUCUGGAAGACAUGUUGAAUGUUUCAGUUUGUUUGCUCAGGACGUGAACUGGAAGGACGAUCUGCAACUUUCACUGGAUUUAAGGUUUUACCUGAUGAAUGUAGGAGGAGACGUCUGAGUCCAGGCGGAAACGCUUCUGUCGUGCUGCAGAGUUCUUAUGCAAACGUGACGAGCACUAAAGCAGCUUCUUGUUGAUGCAAAUAAAUGUUGGUUUUGUUCUGGUGA